AUGGGAUGGGCAAUAGCUAUGCGUCCUACCUGGACACCAAUUUCCUUCAUAGCAGUGAGUGAAGAUAUCAAAGAUCGAGAAGCGUUUUUGACAGAGCACUCUCAAUCUAUAAGAGGCGUGGUAUGCGGCAGAAAGGACGAGAUUAAUGCAGAGCUGAUCGAUGCUCUUCCUUGUUUGGAGAUUGUGGCCACCAGCAGCGUUGGAGUGGAUAAGGUUGAUUUGGCCAAGUGUAGGCAGCGCAACAUUGCGGUGGUCUAUUCUCCUGAUGUGUUGACAGAUGAAGUGGCGGAUUUGGCCGUCGCUCUUAUGCUCGAUACCCUUCGUCACAUUUCAGCUUCUGAUCGCUAUGUUCGCCAGGGCCUGUGACAGAGUAAGGGAGACUACAAGCUAACUUGCAAGGUAAUUUUUUGUAGAUACAACGUGGUUCCUGAUGUUGCAGAUGAUGUUUCGGGUAUGACUCAGUUUUGUUUACUUCUAUCUCUUUGUCAAU